ACGCAUGCGCAGUUACAGUCACUUUGGACUCAGGCCAACGUCUGCGUGCAUAUUCUAAUUCGUGGCGUAGUUCCGGUUCCGGGUGGAGAAGGGAGUAACUGGCCACCAUGCGACUCUCUGUUGUCGCUGCCAUCUCUCAUGGGCGAGAGUUUCGCCGCCUGGGCCUGGGCCCCGAAUCCCGCAUCCAUUUACUGCGCAACCUGCUGACAGGGCUAGUACGCCACGAGCGUAUCGAAGCUCCUUGGGCCCGCGUCGACGAGAUGCGCGGCUAUGCUGAGCGGCUCAUUGACUACGGGAAGCUGGGAGACACCAACGAGAAGGCGAUGCGGAUGGCUGACUUCUGGCUAACGGAAAAGGACCUGAUCCCAAAACUGUUCCAGACACUAGCUCCUCGUUUCAGCAAUCAAACUGGGGACUAUACAAGAAUGUUUCAGAUUCCAAACCGUGAAAACCUGGACCGGGCCAAGAUGGCAGUGAUUGAAUACAAGGGGAACCCCCUCCCUCCAUUGGUGGUGCCACGUCGGGACAACAAUCGCACACUCCUCAAUCAGUUACUUGUGGGCCUUCGCCAGGAUCUGGAACAGAAGCCCCCAGGUUCUACUGCAUAAAGACCCCAAGGGUAUAGUUCAGAACAGCACAGCCCAGAAGACUUCAUUCUUGUUGGGGUAUUCCAGCCUGGUAGUCUGUGAGGGCAAACAGCCUGUAUUGCCUUCCUCUCUCUGGCUUCCCUGGAAGUUCAGGGUCACUGUCUUCCCUUGUUACUAGGGAACCUCAGGCAAAACCACACUGUGGACACAGGAACAGAGCAAGAGAUAAAUGCAUGUGUGGGACAGGCCAUUGUCCCUGGAGUCAUUCUGUUCUGCCCUGAGGAAGGAAGGACAGACUGAUAGGCUUCAGUUUGUACAAUAGAUGGUUCCGAUACAGUUGUUGUGUGUAGUUUGAAUGCUGUUUUUGUCCUUUCUCUCUCUGGCCUCCAAGGUGAGACUAUUCUCCAAGGCCUGGCUCUGGACAGGGCUCCCCUGAGAUUCCCACCUAAGCCAGAAGCUUCAGAGGACAUUACAGCUAUCCUUCUGUGUCCAGGCAGGGACACACAGAACUUCUUCCCCAACUCUCUGUAGUACCCUUGGGUGGACUAAGCUUAUUCUCUGUACCCUGACUCUCUUCUUGCCACACUUACACACUUCAGCUUGGGAGAGUAUUGUUAGACCCCAAGAAUUUGAAGACUUUGCAGGAAUGGGAUGAAGAAGGUGCAUACAAAGCUGAGGAGGACCAUCCAGGUGUCCCCCAACAUACAUAUGGGCUAACCUGUAUAAAUGGGUGUGAUAAGGGGGAAUCCCAAAACCAGCUUCAGUAAGGUCAGCCCAGGGUGGGAAUCAGGAUGUAGAUCCUGCUGGGAAUUUCCUGGAAAUAUUUCCCAUGUACUGACUUUCAGUCUACUUUCUGGGGAGAGAGGAAAUCCGGCUCUGUGAGCAAUGAGACUCAUUCAUAUGGGGAGCCUUAGAGCUUUAGGUGCCACAGAACUAAAGGAAAUCCGAAGUCAACACCCUUUUCUCCACCCCUAAAUACACAACCCCACAACUAUCACCAGAUUAGCACACAUAUAAGAUUUAAAUGUAGGUAAGACAUUCCCUUCUGGAAGCUAAGUGAAAAUAGUCAAGGAUAGAAUCCUAUGACUAUGGUUUUUCUCUAGAGGGAUAGGAAGAAGGGUAAUAAACUGACCACUAAAAUAAAAUUCUCUAUUUUGGUCACAUUAGGAUAAUAGGAAAUGCUAGUCUUGGGUACUUUCAAGAAUAAUGUUUUAAGGGGAUCCUAACCUUACUCAUUCUGCAGUAAAAUGAUGUGAAAAUAAUGGCCCUGGCUGUUUCCUUGGACAGCGAUUCAAAAUAUGGUAACCCUAAGGGAGAAUUUGUGGAGAAGUCGUGGCCCAGGUCUCAGGAGCAAAGAUGGGGUACUGGUCAAUCCUGAACCUAGUCAUUUCCUUACACAGUGAUGGAAGAAUCCUAGCAAUAGGUUUUGUCUGUAGGAGAAUGGUAGGGACAGUCACUACCCAGACAGAGAGGGGGAAUCCUAAACCUGGCCAUUUCUGGGUAUAGUUAAAAAUUCUAGUGCUGGUUACCUGAUGGGGGAAUAAUGGGGAACCUUGGUCUUAAUGUUGUAAACUGACCCUGGUCGUUUUUGCACGUGAUGAUCAGGAAUCCAGGCCUUGGUUAUUCUGGGAAAUUCAAAAUCCUCCUUCUUAGUCAGUUUUGAUUAUUUGAUAUCUUGUUCGCUGUAGUAAAAUAAUAGGAAAUUCAGACGAUGGAAUAAUGGGAAAAGUUUCAUCUCUAGUAACACAAAAGAAGAGUGAAGGGAAAUUCUGGUCCUGGUUGCUCCUUAAAACAGUGAAAAGAAAUCCUGAUUCAGGUAAUCCUGUGGGUCUACGAGAGCUAAUUCUAGCCCUACAAUAUAUAGGACCAUGAUGGAGAAGUAAUGGCCCUGUUCAAUCUGGGGGACAGUGAUGGGAGAAUUGUAACGCUUUUUACCAGUUCAGUAGUGGGAGAGUCCCAGCACUUAGCAUUUCUUGCGAGUGAUGGGGAAGGCUUGACCUAGAACAUUUUUGUGGGACAGAGGUAAGAUUUGAAGUCAACAAGCACUUGCUAUCUUCUGUGUUCCAGACACUGAUAAGCGCUAGGUGUACAAAGAAAAGCAAAAGGAUAGCCCCUGAUUUCAAGGAGCUCGGUCUAAUGGAGACAACAUGAAAACAACUGGACAAACAAAUGUAUGCCAGAUAAAUUGGAGAUUAUCUACGGAGGGAAGGCAUUCAAGGGGAAUUGGGAAAAAUCUUUUAGAAACUGGGGUUUUUAACCUAGACUUAAAGGAAGCCAGAAGGCAGAGAUGAUAAGGGAGCACAUUCUGUUCACGUAAGACAGCCAGUGAAAAUUCUCUGAGUUGGGAGAUGGAGUGUCUUGUUUGAGGAAGAGCGAAGAGUCUAGUGUCACUGGAUCACAGAGUGAGUGGAAGGGAAUAAAAUGUAAGGAGCCUGGAGGAAAGAAGGGAAGGGGGUGGAGGUGAUAGCCACUGGAAUUUAUUGAAUAGAGGAGAUGAUGUGGUCAGAUCUGCGACGUUUGACACCCAAAUGGAGGGUGGACUGCAGAGGGGAGAGACAAGGCAGGGAGACCAACCAGAAUGCUUUUGUAGCGGGCCAGGUGUGAGGUGAUGAAGGCCUGCACCAGGGUUAUGACAGUGUAAGAGGAGAGAAGGGGGUAUAUAGGAUAAAUGUUGUAAAGGUGCAAGUGGCCAAACAUAGCAGCAAAUUGGAUUGGAGGGGAGAACGAUGAAAGGGUGAAGAACUGACGACAGAUUUUGAGCCUGGGUGACUAGGAGGAUAGUGGUGCCCCAGACAACGACAGGACAGUUAAGAAGAUAGGAUAAGAUGAUGAAUUUGGUUUUGGAAAUGUUGAGUUUAAAGUAUCUAUGGAAUAUCCAGUUUGAGAUGUCCCAAAAGGCAGUUGGAGAUUUGAAUCUAGAGGUUGAGAGAUUAGGACUGGAUAAGUAGGUCUGAGAAUCAUCAGCAUAGAGAUAAUACUAGAGUCUGUGACGGUGAGUCACCAAGUGAAAUAGUAAAGAGGGAAAAGCGAACAGGGCCCAGGACAAAACCUUGGGGGACAUCUGUAGUUAGUGGGAAUUACCUGAACAAAGAUUUAGUUAAGGGCUAAGGACUAUGCAGAUAAGUAAGUGGAGAACUAGAAGAGAACAGUGUUACAGAAAUCUAGAAAGAAAUGUUAGGGAGAAAAAGAUGAUGUACAAGGUCAAAGACUGAAGAGAUCGAGAAUAUUCAUUGAGAAAAGGCCAUGAAAUUUGACAAUACAAGAUUAUUGGUAACUUCAGAAAAUGUAGUUCGAGCCAAAUGAUGAUUUUGGAAGCCAGACAGACUUGAGAGAGAGGAGGAAGUGAAGGCACUUAUUGGAGAUCAUCUCUGAGUCUGUUCAUCAAAGGGAGGAGAGAUACAGGAUGAUAAUGGAACUAGGCAUACCAACUGAGAGCGUUCAGUAAAACAUUAAUUUAUCACCUUUGUUGUGGAAUAAAGGUCACUGGUUGGCAGGUCGGAUUGUUCAGUUUUUAUUAGAAGGAUCACCAAUUGGGAGACAGAUUCUACAAAACUUUUCAGUGAGCUUCAGUACUCCGGAUAUUUUCAUAUUUCAGUCACAUAACAUGUUGGAGUCAGGGUAUAUGGGAGGUUCAGACUUUCCUGAGUACCAAAAUUGAGAUAUCUUGCAAGAUGUUGCUGAGGGAAAGAGAAUGAAUAGCCUGUUGAUAAGGCUCGGACAGGUACUUAAGGGGGUUAGCUGUAAUAAGAACUAUGCAUACAAAGAAAAUAAUGAAAAAAAAAUUCCCAGCCCUCAAAAGAGUGAGUGUAUGUGCGUACGUGUGCAUCGGUAUAUAUUAUAUUGGACCAUGGAUACACUAUAUACAAUAAUAGUGUAAUCCUGGACUUAAUCCCUUUGAGAUAGUGCUAGGUGUCUCCUGACCCUGGACCCUCUAGGAAAGUGAAAGAAUAUUGGCCCUGGGUACUUUCAGCAAUGAGGGAGGUGAGGCAGGAGAGGAAUCUUGACCCUAAUGCAACUUCAGGGAGUUCAAUGGAUAAUCCUAUACCCUAGUUACUUUUUAGCACAGUGAUGGAAAGCAUUGGGAAAUCUUGGCCUAGGCUACUGUGCGAUUUGAAGAUGGAAAAUACUGGCCCUGAUCAAUCUAUGUGUCACUGAUGGGCAAAUCCUGGCAGGUGUCACCACAAAUAACAAUAAUGAGGAAAUUCUAGCUAUGGUCAAUCAUCCUGCAUUUAAUAAAUACUGUGUGCUGCUAGAUUCCUGGGAAUGCAAAUACAAAAAUGAAAUAGUCCCUAUCCUUAAGAAGCUCAUAUUGGUUGUUCUCUGGGACAACGUAGAGGUAAUUUAGACACUUGUCACUGAGAUGAUGAGAGAAUCCAGAACAUGGUCCUUCUAUUGAUAAUGAUGGAAUCCUGGUUCUGGGUCCCUUCAGGACAUCAUCCAUUAAGAGAUGAAAAGAAAUCUACUCAUGAAGUUUAAGAUGUUGGUUUCUUUGUCUUCUAUGUCAUCCUGUUGGCUCAUUCUAAGCUUAAAGUCCAAUAAAACGCCCAAAUCUUUUUUUCCCUGAAA